UCGCGGGUAUCCGCGAGUUGGGGAAAUGAUGCGCGGCGGUGAUCCGGCCUCCGCUGGCCAUCUCCCUUAUAGUCUUGCAUCCGACGGCAGCAUCUUUGCCCUUGUCAUACCCACCACUGUAUCCCUCCUCGAAGCACACAUACCCACGACAGCAUGUCCGAGCCAGCCAGCCAACCCGGUGCCCCUUCUGACGGAGCGACCAAGAUCCCUCCUCCGUCCGAGAAGACACAAUCGAUCACCCGCGAUGUAGAGAAGAGGUUGCCGACCCAGGUCACCAAGGCGCUCAAGAAGCAGGAUGGAGUCAUUCUCCGGUUGAACAAGCUGUUGAACAUGCCCGGCGGGCUGAGCGCGUUCCUCUCCACCUUCAACUAUACCCUCUACCUCCUCGCCCACCUCGACUCAAAGGCCGGUCCUCUCAAGGCGCGCCUCUACCAGCUCCUCAACCGCAAUGCGCCCUCCUCGAGCGUCAUCACACCCGCCGUCGCGGCCCAGCCAUCCCCGAUCGCCGCGCUCGGCUCCCUCCUCUCCUCCACCCGAACGACUCUUCGUCUCUUUGGAUUGAUUCCCAUGUACGCGUGGGCGCGCCAGCUCGCGCAGGGACCCAAGCCGGGCCAGGAUCAGGUCCUCUACACCGUUUCAGUCGCCCAGUGCGGCCUGUACAUUGCGUUCCAGCUGUUUGAGAACGUCGCGCUGUUGACGGACAGCAAGGUCCUGUCGCCUUCUCUGACGGCUCGCUGGACACAGAAGAGCGGAGGAGCGACGUCCGCUAUUUACCUUGCGUCUUACCGCGCUUGGUUCCUCGGCUUCUGCUGCGACUUCAUCCGCCUCUUCCGUGAGGCGCAACUCGCUCGUGAGGCCCGCGAGCAGCCUGGUCACAACUCUGACCCGGCUGUUAGAGCGGCGGACGAGGAGGCCGACUCCAAAUGGUGGGCUGAGCUCAUCGUGCCGAUGGCGUGGUUCCCUGUUGGUUUCCAGUUCGCGCAGUGGCGUGAGGGCGGAUUCCCAGGUUUCAACCUCGGUCUCAUGGGCGCAGCUGGUGCCAUCGCAGGUCUUGGAAAGACCAAGGCCCUGUGGGAUGCCACCGCGUAGAGGGGAGCAGAAGGCUAAGCAUGGUCUGUUGGGAUGGCGGGAACGGAAGACCACAGCCUUGUCGUUGUUUCUGGAUUCAUCGGGGUUCGCAGGGGAUUGGUAUGUGGAACUGCAAGGCUUCAGAAGGAUCGCCCUGUACGUUCGCCCGAAAAUUGGUCUAUUCGGCGGCAACAGGGCUGCCUCGCAACGCAUACAUAGUGAUGCGUUUUCGCAUUUACUUUCGCCUUCGACUUCUUCUGUAUGCUUCCAAACACGAAUGAGGAUCUCUUGUAU